AUGCCAUUCCCCAACUUAAAGGAGAGUCAUGAUUUUUAAUCGUACAAGAGCAGAGCACUGCAGCAGCACGCAAUUUUUGAAAGCACAGUAAGGCGCGCCAAAUUAGACAUGUUGAAUAUACUUCCCCGUAGAGUGAUAAAGUGCCUAAGAAGUAUGCUUCAGGAAGGAACGAGAGUUGCCGUCAGAAUUUGGGCAAUUCUUUCGGAGGCGGUGGCUUGAACAGAAAAGGAACUUUAUAACCAUCAUCCACUCGCUCUUUGUUCUGGCACUGUCAAGCAUUGUUGGAUUUUGAGAGGAUGUCAAUGUACUCUUCUGAAGGGGGUACAGUCACCCCAGGCUUUUCCGUUUCUACCUCUCAAGAACCUUCAGAAUCUUCUGCUCCCACUUCUCCUGGUCCUUCUUCUCUUCAUGAUGCUGAAGGCGUGAGCAAGAAUUUACGACCUCAAGAUCGUAGAUCAGGUCCUUCCGGCUAUCGAUUCUCCACUACGUGUGCCACCGUUGAUGAUCCAAAUCACAAGGAUCAAUAUGGUGCCAGCUCUGCACCAAUCUACAUGUCAAGCACAUUCAAGGGUUUACCAGGCGCCGAAUUCGAUUACUCUCGAAGUGGAAACCCAACCCGCAGUAUGCUCCAACAUCAUUUAUGUCAAUUGCAAAACUGCCGCUACAGCUUCGCCGUUUCCAGUGGUAUGGCCUGCUUGGAUGUGAUUACCAGAAAUCUCAAACCUGGCGAGAGAAUCGUUGCAGGUGAUGACCUUUAUGGCGGUACAAACCGUCUUUUGGUCUACCUUGCCACGCAUGGAGGUAUUGCAACCGAUCAUGUCGACACUACUGAUGCAUCAAAGGUUGAAGAAAUCUUGCAAAAGCGUGCUGAAGAUCAUGCUCUUGGUCAAAGUGGACCAGUCAAGAUGGUUCUCUUGGAAACACCUACGAACCCAUUGUUGAAGAUCUGUGACUUGGAACGCUGUGCUCGUGCAGCCAAAAAGUAUGCACCUGAUGCUUGGGUGGUGGUGGACAACACAAUGAUGUCACCCUACCUUAUGCGUCCAUUGGAAUUGGGCGUUGAUGUUGUGUACGACAGUGGAACAAAGUACCUCUCCGGUCAUCACGAUUUGAUGGCAGGUGUUGUUGCAUGUGAUCGUGAUGACAUUGGAAAGCAAAUCGCCUUUACGAUCAACUCAAUCGGUAACGCAUUAACGCCGAUGGAUUCCUUCUUACUCUUGCGCGGAAUCAAGACGUUGGCCGUUCGUAUGGACCGUCAACAAACCAAUGCAAUGCAAGUGGCCUCCUAUCUUUCCGCUCUGGGCUUCAAGGUCAACUUUCCAGGUUUGGCCUCUCAUCCAGGAAAGGAAAUUCACGAUGCCCAAGCGUCUGGACCAGGCUCAGUACUUUCGUUCGAAACAGGCGAUAAAGAAUUGAGUGAACGCAUCGUUGGUGCAACAAGACUUUGGGGUAUCAGUGUCAGCUUUGGAUGCGUGAACAGUUUGAUCAGUAUGCCUUGUCUUAUGUCGCACGCUUCUAUUGAUCCCAAAGUUCGUGCUGCUCGUCGUUUGCCGGAAGAUUUGAUCCGUCUUUGCGUUGGUAUUGAAGAUUGUCGGGAUUUGCUUGAGGAUUUGGAGGCUGCCUUAUUGCAAGCUGGAGCGAUUCGUCGUAGAAGCGUCCGUUCUGCUACUGCUUUGGGAGAAUUGGGACGUGUUGCCAACAACAGCGCCGUUAGUCCAGCAGGUGCAGGUACUGUGUUCGAACGAGUGUUUGGAGAUCAAACCACAGUAGACCAAGAUAUCGUCAAGCUCACAGAGGGUGUUGAUAUCAACAAGGUAGAGACACGUGGUGGUGACAAUGAACAACCGAAAGAUUCCGGUCAUUCACCAACGACUUUGAUCGUCAGUGCACCAGGAAAGGUGAUCUUGUUUGGUGAACAUGCCGUUGUGCAUGGGGUUCGUGCUGUCGCCGCAAGUGUAGCUCUUCGCUGUUAUGCUUUGGUGGAAUCUCGUAAGGACGACAUUCUUUCGCUCAAUUUGCCCGAUUUGACCGUCAAGCACGAAUGGCGUCUAUCUGAACUUCCUUGGAGCAGUGUGCCAUCAAAUGUUGAUGUGCUCUCGCCGGGUGCUGAGUUGAACGAAAAGCUUCACAAAGCUAUUGAAGCAGUUGUAGGCUUAGUGGCUGGAGAAUCUGAGCGCAGUCAUGCAGCCAGCGUUGCAUUCUUGUAUCUCUUUAUGCUUAUCAGCUCGUCAGCACCUCCCAAGCUAGGUCAAUCGUUCACACUGCGAUCUGCACUACCGAUUGGUGCAGGUUUGGGCUCCAGUGCUUCUCUUUCUGGCUGUCUUGCUUCUGCUUUGCUCGUCACGCAUGGCCAUAUCGGAUUGCCAAAAGAUACCAAAUUGCCCUUGAACGAUACUACCUUGAUCAACAAGUACUCUUUCUUGUCCGAAAAGGUAAUCCAUGGCAAUCCUUCAGGCGUGGACAAUGCUGUCGCUGUUCAUGGAGGUGCGAUUGCAUUCGAACGUCCUUCUGCACGUACAGGUAGAACGGAAGCAUUGUUGGAACGUUUGAACGGAUUCAAGAGCUUCCGCUUCCUUUUGACCAAUACGCAAGUUGGACGUGAUACCAAGAGCCUUGUUGCAGGUGUUGGACAACGAUUGAAAGAUGAUCCCCAAGGUAUGGGUGCACGAUUGGAUGCUAUUCAAGUGAUUUCACAUAAAGCAUCAGCCCUCUUGGGACAAUCGAAUGUCACGCAAGAUCGUUCGGCAGAAUUGCAAGUGAUGGCCAAUUUGAUUGAUGAGAAUCAUCAACAUUUGGUAGAUAUGGGCGUCAGUCACGCUUCCUUGGAGCUCAUCCGUAAGACAACCGCUGCUGCUCCAUUCAAUUUGAGCACAAAGCUAACAGGUGCAGGCGGUGGUGGUUGUGCGGUCACGCUGGUGCCUGACAGCAUGAGCGAAGCAGUGUUGCAACAACUCAAAACUGCAUUGGAACAACAAGGAUUUGCAUGCUAUGAAACCACAGUUGGUGGACCAGGUGUAGGCAUCCUUGCUUCUCACAGUCGAGCGUUAGACCAAGACAAACUUGAAGCUGCCCGUGCUCAAUUCCAUGCUCAAGCUGAAUUGACUGAUGAAGAUCGCUCUCGAUUCGCCCAAUGGAUUGAUGGACAAGGUGAUUGGAUUCAUUCUUAAGAAGCACUUAAGCUCUUACACUGUAAGCAGAGACCUUUAUGAAAUAUACGAAACUUAUUUGAUCAAUA